UCCAGUCAGACACAAGGCUUGAUAUGAAAUGUUUGUAAAGUGUACUAAAAAUGAAGAAACUCUGCGAUUUCAAGUGUCCUAAGAUACCAGUAGUAAGGAAGUGUUGUUUUUGUAUUCCUACGUACGUAGGUAUAGCUGUUUUUGGAUAUGCCGAUCUUACUCUCGCCCUUGUGGCCUUUCCAAUGCUGAUGUAUGAGAUGGUGGAUGAGCUGACGAGUGACAAGCCUCGAGGAGAGAUGCGAUACAGUGACCCAGCAGUGCACCUUCCAGUGAUAGUAGCUGCAGCAUUAGCAGACAUUGUUCUAACAGUGGUCUUGCUAAUCGGAGCACAUAGGAAAAACAAAUUGCUUCUGAAGAUAUACUUCUACUUCGCGACGAUUUCACAGUUGGUGACGUUGCUUGCUGACCUGCCGUUUUAUGACUAUUCAGCACAUAGAAAGAAUGCUGUCUACCUAUUCUAUGUAGGGCUGAACAUCUACCUGCUGUUUCUGGUUCACAACGUGGUCUACGUGAGAGAGGACAAGAGAGACAUUCAGUACAUUGCAUAUGACCAGCAUCAAGUCACUGUUUAGCCCCAAGAACAGGAUGACGAUACGAAUAAUUGAACUUUGUAUAUAAAUUGUAAAUGUUAAUAAAAAAAUGUCAUGAUGCGUGUAGAUUUGGCGAAAGCCAGCUCUGACCGCAUCAUAAUGCUGCUUGCAUCUUGU